AUGGAUCCAGUCAUGUUGCUGCAGUCAAUGGGCCUGGUUACCGGUCCUCCGACGUCACAGUUGUUGUUUUCAGAUCAACGAGUCGUAACACUUCGAUCUCCCCAGAAGUUCUUUGACAUGGCCGCCAAACCACGAUUCUUGGACCUGAGCUAG